AUGGCCGACGAUAAGAAGUCGGACGACUACACCGUCCAAAUGGACAAACUGGACCAGGGCAACAAGGAAUUCGAGGCCGCGCCGCCACCACAACCUCGCGCUGCGCCUCCGGCGCCGGUUGCUGGACACCCUGCCCUGCCUGUUCUGGCCUACUGUGGUUCUUCCAUUAUGAUGACGGUCAUGAACAAGUAUGUUCUGUCCGGCUUGGACUUCAAUUUGAACUUCUUGCUCCUCAUGGUUCAGUCUCUUGUGUGCAUUGCUGCUAUCCAGACUUGCAAGUCCAUGGGUCUGAUCACCUACCGUGACUUCAGCGCCGACGAGGCUAGAAAGUGGUUUCCUAUCACUCUUCUCCUGAUCGGCAUGAUUUACACCGGCUCCAAGGCCCUGCAGUUCCUCUCUAUCCCCGUCUACACGAUUUUCAAGAACCUGACCAUCAUCCUGAUCGCCUACGGCGAGGUCCUCUGGUUCGGUGGCUCCGUGACCGGUCUUACCCUGUUCUCCUUCGGCCUGAUGGUUUUCAGCUCCCUCAUUGCCGCCUGGGCAGAUAUCAAGCACGCCGUCGAGAGCAGCGGCGACACCUCCAGCAAGGUCUCGACGCUCAACGCCGGCUACGUCUGGAUGCUGAUCAACUGCCUCUGCACUUCUUCCUACGUCCUGGGCAUGCGCAAGCGCAUCAAGUUGACCAACUUCAAGGACUUUGAUAGUACGUUUUACAAACCCGUCUCCGGCUGGUCUAGCCGCAAUAACCUCUUUAACACCAUGACAGCGAUGUUCUACAACAACCUUCUCUCCAUCCCCGUUCUCAUCGUCCUCACCCUCCUCGUCGAGGACUGGUCCUCUGCCAACCUGGCUCGCAACUUCCCCGAGGCUAACCGCAACGGUAUCGCGGUCGCCAUGAUCCUCUCCGGUCUCUCUUCCGUCUUCAUCUCCUACACCUCCGCCUGGUGCGUGCGUGUCACCUCCUCCACCACCUACUCCAUGGUCGGCGCCCUGAACAAACUCCCCAUCGCUGUUUCCGGCCUCGUCUUCUUCGACGCCCCCGUCACCUUCCCCUCCGUCUCCGCCAUCGUGGUCGGUUUCGUGUCCGGCCUCGUCUACGCCGUGGCCAAGAUCAAGCAAAACGCCGCGCCCCGGACCGGCGUCCUCCCCACCUCCAACCCGCUCGUCAGCGCCAGCAGCCAGAGCAUGCGUGACUCCCUGCGCUCUUAA